UGGGUGAUACAAAAACUACCAUCCUCCACUAUCUCACCUCCCACAUCAAAUUUACCUUUUUGAUUUUAAUUUCCCCCCAAAUUUCUCAACCCUAAUUUCCAAAAAGGUUCCUCUCUUUCAGAUAUCUAUUUCAAACCAUCUACUUGAUAACUUUGAUCUUCGAUUUCCGAUUGGUAGCUUGGUUCUCUGUUUCACUGAGAUUUCUGACCCUGACGCCGCCGAUCUGAGAUUUUGAUGAGAUAUAGCUCGGGAAAUCUGCGACGGCGUUGAUAGACGAUCGCCGAUAGUAAGAAAUUCUGUAGAGGCACGCGCAGAUGUCCCCGACCCGGCCCGGAUAAGGAAAUAACCCGACCCGGGGAAGAAAUUGUACGGUUUUACAGGGGAAUAGUGUAUCGACAGCAGUAGGAAGGGUAAAGUAUUUUGGUGGCGCCUAUUGAUGGUUGGGUGAGUGGAAAUGUAGAUGCUGUGCUCGUGGAGACAACUUUGUUGAAGACUGAGAAUAGUAGUUGAGCAGCUGGAAGAAUAGUAAGAUAGAAUAUGGAUGAGUUCGAUAGCGGCGGCCCCGGCAGUGAUAAAGGGUUGGAAGCUGAGGAUGAGGGGAGCACUACUCCCCUUCCGGAAAAGGUCCAGGUUGGUGGUUCUCAUCCAUAUCGGGUUGGGAGGAAACUGGGGAAAGGAGGAUUUGGACAAGUGUAUGUAGGUCGUCGAAUCAACCCUCCAACCCCACAUGAAAGAACAGGCCCAAGAGCUUUAGAGGUUGCAUUGAAAUUUGAGCAUCGCAAUAGCAAAGGCUGUAAUUAUGGACCACCCUAUGAGUGGCAAGUCUACAAUGCACUUGGUGGAAGUCAUGGCAUACCACGUGUACACUACAAAGGACGUCAAAAUGAAUACUAUAUUAUGGUUAUGGAUAUACUUGGCCCUAGUCUGUGGGAUGUCUGGAAUAACAAUUCCCACACAAUGUCCAUAGAAAUGGUGGCAUGUAUUGCAAUUGAAGCUAUCUCCAUUUUAGAGAAGUUGCACUCUAAAGGAUAUGUGCACGGAGAUGUAAAGCCAGAGAAUUUUUUGCUUGGUCCACCUGGAACAGUGGAUGAGAAAAAACUUUUCUUAGUGGAUCUUGGACUGGCAACCCGUUGGCGUGAUAAUUCUACUGGUCUUCAUGUUGAUUAUGAUCAACGCCCAGAUGUGUUCAGAGGGACUGUCCGGUAUGCUAGUGCACAUGCCCAUCUUGGAAGAACUGGUAGCCGCAGGGAUGAUCUAGAGUCCCUUGCUUACACACUCAUUUUUCUUCUCAGAGGUCGGCUUCCUUGGCAAGGAUUCCAGGGUGAGAAUAAAGGCUUCCUUGUGUGCAAAAAGAAGAUGUCGACCUCUCCAGAAUCUCUUUGUAGCUUCUGUCCUGCACCAUUUAGGCAGUUUGUGGAGUAUGUUGUUAACCUAAAGUUUGAUGAGCAGCCUAGUUACGCAAAAUAUAUAGCCCUCUUUGAUGGAAUAGUUGGUCCAAAUCCUGAUAUCAGGCCAAUAAAAACUGAAGGUGCUCAAAAGCUUGUAUAUCAAGUCGGACACAAAAGGGGACGGCUUAUGAUGGACGAUGAUGAUGAUGAACAGCCAAAGAAAAAGAUUCGUAUGGGAAUACCUGCAACACAAUGGAUAAGCAUAUACAAUGCUCGACGACCAAUGAAGCAAAGAUAUCACUACAAUGUUGCGGAUGUGAGAUUUUCUCAGCAUGUUGAUAAAGGGAAUGAGGAUGGACUAUUUAUCAGCUGUGUGGGAUCAUGUUCAAACCUCUGGGCCUUAAUUAUGGAUGCAGGGACUGGCUUUAGUCAUCAAGUUUAUAAGCUGUCACCUCAAUUCCUUCACAAGGAAUGGAUUAUGGAACAAUGGGAGAAAAACUAUUAUAUCAGUGCGAUUUCUGGGGCUAAUAAUGGGAGCUCAUUGAUAGUUAUGUCUAAGGGUACCCAUUAUCUGCAGCAAUCAUAUAAAGUUAGCGAAUCUUUUCCUUUUAAGUGGAUCACCAAGAAAUGGAGAGAGGGUUUCUAUGUUACCUCAAUGGCUACUGCAGGAACUAGAUGGGCAAUCGUUAUGUCUCGUGGGGCUGGGUUUUCGGAUCAAGUUGUGGAAUUAGACUUUCAUUAUCCAAGUGAAGGUAUUCAUAAGAGGUGGGAUGCUGGCUACCGUAUCACAUCAACUGCCGCAACAUGGGAUCAAGCGGCUCUUGUUCUUAGUGUUCCUAGAAGGAAACCUGUAGACGAAACACAGGAGACUCUUCGAACUUCUGUUUUUCCGAGCACACAUGUUAAGGAGAAAUGGGCCAAAAAUCUAUACAUUGCGUCUGUCUGCUAUGGGAGAACUGUAUCCUGAGGCGUCAGUAUUUUGCUGGAAUAUUGACUUAAAGCGGACUGUCAGCUACUCAUUGGGUUAUGAACAAAUUCAGUUUUUGUCUCCAUUGGAGAACCAGGAUCCCAUUUUCUCCUGCUGCUCAGAUCUUGUUGCAGCUACUGGGAGCUUGAUGUAUGCUUACUCUGACCAUCAACGUAUAAUAUUAUAUGUAAAAACCUGUGCACUGUACUGCAGCUGCGUCUACAUUACUUAGGUGUUUUAGAUCCCCUGUGUUCCUGUUUCCACACUGAUUAAAGUUUGUAUAGCAUUGGACAGUAGUUACUUGAAAGCAUAGUGCACAGGCCAUAUUUCGUUGCUGGUGGUACUACGGUACAUGGCUUCAGAUUUUGCAAUGUGGCUGGAUUCUUUAAAUUAAAUUCCCCUUUUACCUUCA